UGGUUCUUCUCCUCCAAAAUCCUAAUAAUCCUAUUUUGGCAAUAAAAACUCUGCAAAAAAGAUAAAAAUCGAAUAAUAGAAAAUCCCAUAAUUUUCGUACGAAUUUGUUCUUCUUCUUCUCACUCCAAUUUUAUUCCUCUUCUCCACGCAACAAAACAACAAAUACAAAACCCUGUUUUCUUCUUCUUCUUCUCGCCCUUUUCCUUCUUUGUCUCCUCCUCUAAUACUCAAUCAUCACUCCCAAUUCCAAAUUUCUUAACUUUCACUGCUUUUUCCCCCAAAUUCCUUUCUGGGUAUCCUUAUUUUUCUUUCUCUCAUGUUUUCUGCUUAGUUCAAGAACCUGGUCAUAGCUAUUUGGGUCUCUGGGGCAUGGACUGGCUGUUUAUGCCAAUUUUCAGUAUCUGUGAACAAUGUUUACCAGGUCAAGAAAUGCUAGUGCUUUUGGUAUAUUCAAAUGGAAACGUCAAGGUGAAUCGUCGGUGACGGAAAGUCUAAUUCAGGAUGUUCCUCCAGAGAUUGAACUGUCUGAUUACAGAAGGAUCCCAAGUCCAGGAAGCGAGAGCCCUUCAGGGCUACUUAAUGGUGAUAGCCCUAAUAUCGAGCCAAUUGGUGACUUGGAUCUCUUCUUCGAAAGACUUUACAGCUACUACUGUGAGAAAGGGCUAUGGUGCAUCAUCAUAAAGUGGAUUGUCGAACUUCUGAGUCUCGGAUUCACUAUAUGUUUUUCGGCAUUUUUUUUACUUUAUGUUGAUUGGAAUGGACUCCGUAAUGCUAAAUGUGGGAUGGAUGCUGUGGAAUCCGGGAUGAAGCCCUGUGAUCUCGCUAAAGAAGCUCUUCAUCAACACCCUUUAACCCCGUUAACACUUAGCAAAGCUAUUAUUGUUGGAUACUUAGGAAUAUUUUCUAUCUAUUGGAUAUUUUGCUUCUUAAGAUUCUUUGCUCAACUAAAGGACACUAUGGAAAUCCGAGAGUUUUUCUACCAUAGUCUCCAUGUUACCGAUAGUGAAAUUCAAACAAUGCCGUGGGCUACAGUUCUUGAAAAGGUUGUUCUUGUGCAAAGCUCGAGACAGCUAUGUGUGAUAAAGGAUCUUAAUGCUCAUGACAUCGUGAUGAGGUUAAUGCGGAAGGAGAACUACUUGAUUGGAAUGCUCAACAAGGGUGUGCUUGCUUUUCCCAUAUCUCAGUGGGUUCCAGGUGCUGGUCCAACAGUGAAAUCCAGUACCAAUGGAACACAAUAUCGCCUAGUACUAACCAAGACUCUUGAGUGGACUUUGAAUUGGUGCAUUCUGCAAAGCAUGUUUGAUCGAAACUUUUGUGUCAGAAGGGAUUUUGUGUCAAAUCCAAGGACAUUAAAGAAAAGGCUUAUGGUAGUUGGGCUUGCAAUGCUUUUACUUUCUCCAUUUCUCAUCAUAUUCAUGCUGGUAUAUCUCUUUCUGAGGCAUGCUGAACAAUUUUACAAUCACCCAAGCACAGCAUCAUCUCGAAGAUGGUCAAAUUUGUCAAGAUGGGUCUUUAGGGGAUUCAAUGAGGUGGACCAUCUCUUCAGGCAUCGAAUUAAUAGCAGUGUAUUACAUGCUUCUGAUUAUCUCAAGCAAUUUCCUUCACCCAUCAUAUCCAUCAUCGCAAAAUUCAUCUCAUUUGUAUCAGGUGGCUUUGCUGCAAUUCUGAUCAUCAUUGCUUUUCUAGAGGAAUCUCUGCUGGAGGGCCAUAUAUUUGGUCGGAACUUGUUGUGGUAUGCUGCUGUUUUUGGAACUAUAACUGCUAUUAGCCGGGCUGCAAUUGUUAAUGAGCUUCUGGUCAUAGACCCUGAAGGAGCAAUGUCUAUGGUAGUUCAGCAUACACAUUAUAUGCCAAAGAGAUGGCGUGGCAAAGAAAGUACUGAAAUGGUCCGAAUUGAGUUUGAAACCUUAUUCCAGUAUACUGGAAUGAUGUUACUUGAAGAGAUGGCCUCAAUUUUCCUUACUCCAUACUUACUCCUGUUGGUUGUUCCAAAGCAUGUUGAUGAUAUCUUGCAGUUUAUUGAAGAUUUUACUGUGGAUGUUGAAGGUGUUGGUGAUGUAUGCAGUUUUAGUGUCUUUGAUUUUCAAAAGCAUGGAAACAGCAGAUAUGGUUCUCCGUACGAUUCACCUUGCAGCAAAAGAAGUUCCCAGGGGAAGUUGGAGAAAUCAUUUUUAAGCUUCCAAAGUAGUUAUCCUUCAUGGGAACCAAAUGCUGCGGGGAAGCAGUUUUUGCUAAAUCUGAGAACAUUCAGAGAGCAAAAGUUAUCAGGACAUGUAAACAGACAAGGAUUUCCCCCUCUCAGAACGUGGAGAGGUAGUCCCAACACGAGAAGCAAUUUAGACAACAGAAAUAGGUUUUUAUCCAGAGAUAUGUCAAACAGCACCUUUGCAACCGGCAAUCACUUAGGUUCAUUGUGGUUUAUUGAAGCCAACAAUCAAAACAAUCAUCCUUAUCUUCUCGACUGGUACUAUACUUCCGGCCCACGUGAUGCGACUUCAAGAGAUGUUCCAACUGAUCCAUUUGAAGAAACUCGACAUCUCUCCAGAAAUUGGAUGCCGUCCAACUUGACACGGAAUGAACCUGAGUAUGAAGAAUACGUAAACACAUAUCAUGAUGAUCGCACUGCUUCUCCUCUUGGGGCUUCCACAUCUGCUCCCAUAUUUAAGGAUAGCAUAAUUCAGGAUCAAGAUUCCAAUGAUCUACACCACCCUACCAGGAGUCAUUGGUGGGCUAGAAGUCAUCAUCAGGAGGGUGGACAUGGUCAAACAAGCUUUUUUGAGCCUCCAAAUUUCAAUCACGAAAGAGCAUACAAUAUUUACAACGAUAAAUUAUCUGAUAUAGGGUCAGAGAAUGAAGAUCAGGAACAAGAGAUGUACUGGAGUUAUCACAAAUCAUCUCAUAAAGAACAUAUAGAUGACUUAGAAUCAGGAGAAUAUAAUCUACAUUUUGAUGAUAUUUAUAGCAGACCUCCAGUAAAUUCCACUGUAAAUCCAAACACUACAAUCUUUUGAGUGAUGGUUUUAUUUUGAUUAAUUAUUUGGGAGGGUAAUGGUUUCAUGAAUCUGGAUUGCAAGAAUUUCCAACUCAUGAUUGUCCCUUCUUUAUUGUGUGGAAAGUGGAAACUCUAUUCUUUGCUGUAUAUAGAUUCAUUGACACGUGGUUAGUUUGUUGAUGAUCCUCA